AUGAAGUUCUUAGCUAUUUUGACCACACUUGUGGCUGCCGUUACUGCUGUGGAAGAACUUGAGAUUGAGGUUACCAAAAAGAUCCCUGCCGCUGCUUGUCGCCGUAAGACAAAGGCGGGUGACUUGGUUGCUGUCCAUUACAGAGGCACACUCGAGGACGGCACCGAAUUUGACGCCUCAUACAACCGCGGCCAGCCCAUCACGUUUCCCCUUGGCGCCGGUAAUGUUAUCCAAGGCUGGGAUCAAGGCUUGUUAGACAUGUGCGUUGGUGAAAAACGCAAGUUGGUUAUCCCACCUCACUUGGGUUAUGGCCUGCGUGCAAUGGGUCCAAUUCCUGCCAACUCGGUCCUCGUUUUUGACACUGAAUUGGUUGACAUUGCCGGGGGUUACGACGAAGAUAUCGACAACGCUGAAGAUAGAAUCGAAGCCAAUGAAGCAGUUGUUGACGAAUUGUAA